AUUCACCUUGUUAUUUCAGGAUGGUAUUCAAAAAGGGCCACACCGGAUCAAAUAAGCAAUGGGUACCCGGCACUAGUAACCGUAAGAAGUAUAUGGAACCGGAAAUUGAUGAAGAUGAUGAAGAGUACGAGGAAGAUCUCGUUGGAUCAGGGGAUGAUAGUGAAGAUACACCAUAUGAAGAGGAGGGUGAGGAAUUAGAGGACGAAGAAGAAGACGACGAUGAGUAUGUAGAUGAGGAUGAUGAGGGGGAAAAUGAUGUUGGUGUAAAGUCUAAGUUGAAAAAUCAGGGCAGGAAAACGGGUAAUGCUAAAGGAAGGCGUCCUGUUGUUGUAGAGGAGGAUGAUGAGUUUUAUGAUGAGCUUGAAGUUGAUGCUGGUGCUAAGUCGAAGAUGAAAGAGCGCAGUAGGAAGUAUGCUAAGAGCAGGCGUUUAGUUGAUGUAGAGGAUGAAGAAAACGAUGAUGAAGAGGAUGACGAGGAAGAUGGAGAAGCUGAUGUCCGUAGAGUGGGGAAGAAGCAUCCGAAGCAUGUAGGCCAUAAUGUUAGGCGGGGUUAUCCAGAAGAUGAACAACAUGGGUUGAGGAAGAAACAUUUGAAGGUGAUUAGGAAGAGGCGUCAGGGGGAUACUGAUGACGAGGAAGAAUAG